AUGGAAGCCGCGCGGCAGUCCCUCAUCGCGAUCUCCCAAUCGGUGCCGGAGAUCGGGGCGCCCGUCAUCAGGCCGCGCAACGGUGGCGGCGGCGGCGGCAUGGAUGAGAACGGGCACGACGACGUGGCGGAGCAGAGGUACAGGGCGAAGCUCAUCUCCAUCUCCAACCAGUCGCCCGACGCCCGGCCUACGCCGUGCCCUCCCAAGAACGGCGCCGCCUAA